AUGGCAUAUCACGACGUCCUCAGCUUGAUACAGCAGGCAGCCUCGGAGCUUCAGGAUGGCCAGAUCAUUACUGCUGCCGACUAUGACGCAUACGAUGCAAUGGGCGCCGUUGAGCUCAUGGAUGAUAGGACGGACUCUGGAGCAGGCCGCCCAUUGAUCAGUGUUGCCAAUUUCGACCCUGCAACGCCGUUGACGUGCGACCACCUGCUUGCCAUCUUCCAGCGACUCGAGCGAUGCGAAAUGACAUUCCAUUCGGGAUUUCCGCUUGCGCAGACCAUCUACACCUGUCUUUUUGUCCACCAUAUCGACGCAAUCACGAUGGAUGCGCUCGGCCAGCAUACUCGAGCGUCGACGACACCCUCAGAGCUCACGGGACUAGUCUUGCGAGCGUACCUGCUCGGUCUGCUCAAGUCACUCGAGCUGGUCUGCACAGAAAUCAAUGCUGGUCCACUCUAUUCUAGCGAAGAUAUGGUCACGCAGACGUUCGACGUCGAUCUAGCGAGCACGGUCUCCCUCGAUGAAUGUCUAGACGAGCUGGACGCUGCUGACGCUUGGCUCGCGUCUUGCACGACUGAGCCAAAAGAGCGACUCUAUACCCUGCGCUUACAUUUGCAGCAUCGACAGCAUCAGCUCAUACUGUUUCAGGAGUUCUAUCGGAUGCCAAUGGAUCAAGCAGGCGUGUCUGGUCUGAUCAGCAGUAUGCGUAUGACCCGGGCAACCCUCGACGCAUCUAUCUUGCCGUCUCCACGAGCUCAGCUUUUGACGGAGCCUUUCUUCGACCCGCAAUAUGCUCGGUAUCUCCCCACUCACAGCACACCAAAGCGUACUGUUGGCCUCCUGUCGCAAGAGCAGACGGGCAAAGCCCAGAUGGCGAUGCUCAAUGAUCUCGAUCGCGCUUGCGGCUACAGACGUGCUGCAUAUCCCUUGCGAUGUAUCUGGCUCGAGAGAUCCAUGCGAGACACAGAUGUAGAAGCGUGCGCUUUUGCUCGCUCGAUGCAUCAUACUGCCGUCGUGGGGGAACACGCAGAUUCUCGGGUAACAGCUCAAAGCUUCAUACAAGUCUGGUGUGGCCCACAGCACUGCCGAAUCCUUAUGGACGAGUCAGCUCUGGUCGCGUCACCUCUGGCGAGCCUGAUGCGCGAUCUUGGUGAGUUACUGGUAGAGCGGGUCGCGCUGCACUUCCAGAACAGAGCGAGAAAGCACAGAAAGCUUGCAAAGCAUGCAACAAAUUGGCAAGUAUUCCAGACAAAGCUGCUUCCUAGCGACCUCGUGCUCUCUCGCGAGCACGUCACCCUGUCGCUUCGAGCGCUUGUCACCGCUCUCGAUAUCGAGCGCCUUUACCUCGAGACAGAGGUCCUAUGGUCCGGCUUCGAAUGCGAUGUCUAUCAAAACGAUGAGAUCAUUGGAAUCUACGCGGUCCUGUCACUUUUGCACGAUCGACAAAGCGAUGCACUCCGCCUGCUGGCCAGACAAGCAUCUCCAAGCAACACUCCGGAUAGGGCGCAACUGGCCGCACAGUCUGAUUUAUAUAGCUUGCUUUGCAAGAGCUCCAUCCAAAUCGUUGCGGCAGGUGCACAGGGCUAUAUCGACGACAGCAAGCUCGCUCGCCGGCUGAAAUACGUCAGCGACGCCCAAAGGCUGCAUGUUCUGGCUAGCUCUGCGAUCGCGCAGUCGUCGAGCAAUGACAAACUUCUCGAGAGGUUGCAAGACGUUCAGCUCGACGACAUCGACUUGAUGCCCGGUGAUCUCAGCCUCCGAGCGCGAACAAGAGACUAA